GAUGAUGAUUUGAUUUAUUAUUAUUAUUAUUAUUAUUGUGGAGAAGUUGAUAGGUUAUUGAUGUUGAUUGUGCAGUGAGAUUGGAAGGUAAGAGGCAAACAAAGAUGUUGGGAAUUUUCAAUGAGAAGUUAGUGAAUGCACCGAAGGAGCUGAAGAGUCCAGCAUGUUUGAAUUCAUGCAGUAAGGGUAAGGAAAGGGAUGAGAUGAUGAAGGAUUUGAUGAGAUUUGGGAAUUGGUGGAAUGGUUUGUGGAUGAGGUUUGGGAAUGGUGAUGGUGUGUUAGGUUAUGCUCCUUCCAUGGAUGGCGAUCACAAUCACAAUCAGAGGUUGUUUAGUGUUUUGGAUGACAUAUACUGUGUUUUCUUGGGUGAGCUGCACAACCUUAGCAUGCUGAACAAGCAGUAUGGGCUAUCAAAGGGAGGAAAUGAGGCAAUGUUUAUCAUUCAAGCAUAUCGGACUCUUCGUGAUAGGGCUCCAUACCCUGCUCAUCAAGUCCUCAAAGAACUUGAAGGCUCUUUUGGAUUUCUCAUAUAUGACAACAGGGAUCGAACUCUUUUUCUUGCAUCUGCUUCUAAUGCCCAUAUUCCUCUCUACUGGGGUAUUGCACCUCAUGCUUCCCUAGUUAUUUCUGAAAAU